AUGACUGAGGGAAAGGAGGUCCAGCAAUCUCACAUGUUAAUGGACACCAAGGAAGGCACAUGGGAAGGGGUUGGAAAGACUACUUUGAUCCAGAAAGUCACUCAAGCUCUAAAAUCCUCGGGCAUUCCCAUUGAUGGAUUUUACACAGAGGAAGUUAGAGAAGGUGGCAGGAGAACAGGAUUUGAUGUUGUCACUUUGUCUGGAAAACGAGGACCUUUAUCUAGAGUCAGUUCUGAUUCUUCUACUUCAAGACGUGAAUAUCGGGUCGGACAGUAUGUUGUAGACCUUGUUUCAUUUGAGCAGUUGGUUCUACCUAUGCUGAGAAAUGUAAACCAUGGCAGUGAUGCAGACAAAAAGAUUUGUGUCAUAGAUGAGAUUGGUAAAAUGGAACUCUUCAGCCAGGCUUUUAUUCAAGCUGUUCGUCAAACGCUGACUGGCUCAGGGACCGUGGUGCUUGGCACUAUUCCAAUACCUAAGGGAAAGCCGCUGGAUCUUGUUGAAGAAAUAAGAAGUAGGAAAGAUGUUAAAGUGUUCAACGUUAGUAAGGAAAACAGAAACAGCAUUUUACAAGACAUCUUGGCAGCUGUGGAAUCCUGCAGAAAAUGAAGACCUUUUCUUGCCUGUAAACACUAAAGCUUUUAUUUUAACAAAACAUUACAACAUUUUGC